AUGAAGUUCAACUUCAGUCGAGUGUUUCAGAAUCCGAAUAGUGUGCUGAAUCGUCGAAAUCGCCAUCAACUGCUGGUGGCGCUGCUGAUCAACAUACUGACCUUCUCGCAUGGCAUUGGAGUGGGCUGGAUGUCGCCCGUAAUGCGUGAUCUGCGAACCGAGAACUCGCCAUUUGACUUCGCGGUGGUUGUGGAGGAGCUGUCCUGGGUCGGUUCAGUGCUGGGCAUAGGCAGCAUUAUUGGCAAUAUACUGGUGGGUGUGCUGCACGAUCGCAUAGGUCGGAAGCUGGUUAUGUAUAUCUUGGCCAUACCCCAUACGGGCUUUUGGCUGCUGACAUACUAUGCCCAAAGCGUUGAAUAUUUGUAUGUGGGCCGUUUGUUGGCAGGCAUUUCCGGCGGCGGGAGCUACAUAGCACUUCCCAUCUUUAUCAGCGAAAUUGCGGACGCAAACAUACGCGGCACACUAGGCUCCACGACCAUGUUGUCCGUCAACAUGGGCGUCUUGGCUGGCUAUAUUAUUGCCACCAAUGUGUCCUACUUGAGCGCUCCAUUCUGCAUUCUGGCACUGCCCACCUGCUACUUGCUCUGCAACUUCCUGUUCCCCGAAACACCCCAUUAUCUCAUACGCAAGGGCAGGCAUGAGGCAGCGGAGAAAUCAUAUCGCUACUAUAAGAAUUUCGGAGCUAAUGACGGCAGCGCAGCAAUUGAAUUCGAGGAAUUAAAGUCAAAGCUAACCAAAGAGCAGCAUCUAAGCUCGACGGCCAACUCCCUCAACCUUAAAGACUUUGCUACCGGACAGGCUUUGAAGGCUUACGGCACGGCCAUUGUUUUGCUGCUGACCUAUCAGUUCAGCGGCAUUUUCUGCAUCACCAGCUACUUGGCCGACGUCUUUGCAGCCUCUCACACGAGCCUCAAUGCAAAUGCGUGCACUAUUGUCGUGGGAGUGGUGCAGAUUAUGGGAAACUAUACAACAACCCUGCUCUGCGAUAAGUACGGUCGCAAAAUUCUAUUGUUGGUCUCCUGUCUGGGCUGUGCAGCCAGCUUGGCCGCCUUCGGCUGCUUCACCCACUACGCGGACGAUGCUAGCCAUGAUGUGGCUGGAACCGGUUGGUUGCCUCUAAUGUUGCUGUCGUUGGACAUUUUUCUGGGCAGCAUGGGACUGGUGGGCUGCAGUGUUGUGCUAAUGGUCGAGCUGUUUCCUGCAAAGAUACGUUCCGUCUCUUUAUCGGUGUUUGUGGUGUGUCUCAGUGGCUUGGUUUUCGUCACCUUGAAAAUAUUCCCGCUUUGUCUGGCAUAUUGGGGCAUCUCGCUGACGAUGUGGUCCUGCAGCGCAGUGUCGCUGUUUGGCUUUCUCUAUUUCAGCUAUUUCUUGGAGGAGACCAAGGGCAAGUGCCUGGAGGAUGCCUAG